UUUUAAACAACUUCACUUAAACUAGUAUCUGGAAGACAGAAGAGAAGUAGCUUGGCCAUACUCUUUCACUUAAAACAAAAAUUAAAAUGGCAACCAUCUCAGCUACCACUACAACUGCAUCGAUCACCCGUGCAUGUCUUGCACAAAAGAGACCUCUUUCAGUUUCAUCCUCUCCUGUUCUUGGAUUGCCAACAAUGGCUAAGGUUGGAAGAGUGAGGUGUUCAAUGGAGGGAAAACCUUCUUCAGUGAAUGAAAGCAACUCAAACAUUGGAAUGGGAUCAUCUUUGUUUGCAGCUGCAUGUGCUGCAGCCAUGUCAAGCCCAGCAGCCAUGGCAUUGGUGGAUGAAAGAAUGAGUACUGAAGGAACCGGACUUCCCUUUGGACUCAGCAACAAUCUUCUUGGAUGGCUCCUUUUUGGUGUGUUCGGUUUUAUCUGGGCUCUCUAUUUUAUUUACGCUUCGGGUCUUGAAGAGGAUGAAGAGUCUGGAUUAUCCCUUUAAAUUGCUUGAAAUGAAUCAUGGAAUUUAGCAAAGUACUUCAGUUAUUUUCUGUGAUGAUAUGUAUCUAUGUAAUAACUUGUGUUGUUGAUUAUUACCUUUUCUUUUCUUAAACUCUCAA